AUGACCGAUACCCAGCACGCUAAAUACCUUCUUUCCAUCCCCUCUGUACGCGAGCGUGCUCAGUCUGUAUUUGCAAAGGCAACCACUACUGGUCACGGAACUGCAUUUACCAUUGAUAUGACUCGAGUCCCUGAUGUUGUUGAUUGUGUUGUGCGGCUCAUAGCGCGCGACUACGGAACAGACUAUGCCGCAAUUCCUCCCCAUGGCCGCUGGCAACACUUUAAUGUUGGUGGAGUCGAUCGUAUAACACCUUUAGUUGAGGCAUGGAUUGCUGCUGGUGUUGCUAAUGAUGAUGUUGCUCGCAGACUGCUGGACCUCUUUGUUGUGUCUGUGUUACUCGACGCAGGUGCUGGAAACAAGUGGGUGUAUCAUGAUGCAGCUAGUGGAUCUACUUAUAACCGCAGUGAGGGUAUUGCAGUGGCGUCGUUGGCAAUGUUUGCAAAUGGCGCUUUUUCUGCUGACUCUACACAACCGUUUCAAGUCAAUGGCAAUGCCUUGUCGGCACUGUCUCAUGAAACUCUUGCUAAGGGUAUGCAGGCAUCUGAAGAAAAUCCCAUGGAGGGCAUUGCUGGACGUGCAUCGCUGAUGCAACGUUUAGGGUCUGCACUUACAGCCAGUCCGGAAUACUUUGGAGAAGAUGCACGGCCAGGAAACUUGCUGGGGUACCUCCUACAGCAUCCCACCACCACCACCACAACAACAACAACCUCUCCAGGCCCAGUCAUCCAAUUGACGACUUUAUGGGACGCACUCAUGGCUGGUUUAGCUCCCAUUUGGCCUGCAGGUCGUACGCAGUUAGCUGGAGUUAGUCUAGGUGAUGCAUGGCCUUGUGAGUUGUUAAAUACACCAGGGUCUGAAUUUUGGGAACGUAUUACCCCGUUCCAUAAACUUACCCAGUGGCUUUGCUACUCACUUCUUGUUCCCAUUAAAAAGUACUCCGGUGCUACAUUUGUGGGAGAAGAAUUGCAAACAGGUUUGCCAGAGUAUCGUAAUGGCGGUUUGCUUGUGGAUCUCGGUGUGCUCACGCUUAAACCCGAAAUUUUGGCUGCGGGGCUAGACACGGCCCGCGUCAACAAUGCAUCAUCUUUUGGCAAGCCGUACGAGGUACCAAUGUAUACGCCGGACUCGGACGUGAUUGUCGAGUGGCGCGCGCUGACUGUUGGAUUUCUUGACCAUUUGCUCCCCCUCGUAAACGAAAAACUCGGCACUCAACUAUCCUUGGCCCAGCUACUUGAGGCCGGAACUUGGAAGGCUGGACGAGAAGUUGCUGCUGAAAAACGACCAGAAACCAAGGGCCCACCUAUUGAUCUUCUUUCAGAUGGUACUGUCUUUUAA